UGUUCCGUCUUGGCCCCACCUACCGUUGGCGCCGUUGUUUCCGGCUGAAAUGGGGAGCUGCCGGAACGCUUCUGGUCCCUGGUUUUCUGGACACUGGUUUUCCGGCUCUUUAUCCCACGCUCUUCCCUGCUUCUGUAGCUGGAGAAGGUAGUUUCCAGUAAAGUUUUCCGGUUUCCAGGCCGCGGCACAUUGGGCAGGGGCCAUCCUCAGUCCCUUUGCUCGUUGCCCGCAGCCCCGUUACGGCUACAAGUGAGUUUCAGGGCGUCAUGGCCAGGGGCCACCGCGGCCGGCCAGGUGUGAGGCUGCCUUUCGCUGCCCGCUCGCUCCCGUGGCCUCUGGGUCCGCCGGCGUCCGUUUCGGCCUGAACUCAGCCCCUCUGCGGCAACGAGCAGUCUCGCGCCGGACCUCAUGGCCUCGGAGGCGCCGUCCCCGCCGCCGCCCACCUCCCCUGAGCCUGAGCUGGCCCAGCUAAGGCGGAAGGUGGAGAAGUUGGAACGUGAACUGCGGAGCUGCAAGCGGCAGGUGCGGGAGAUCGAGAAGCUGCUGCAUCACACAGAACGGCUGUACCAGAACGCAGAAAGCAACAACCAGGAGCUCCGCACGCAGGUGGAAGAACUCAGUAAAAUACUCCAACGUGGGAGAAAUGAAGAUAAUAAAAAGUCUGAUGUAGAAGUACAAACAGAGAACCAUGCUCUUUGGUCAAUCUCAGAUUAUUAUUAUCAGACAUACUACAGUGAUGUUAGUCUUCCAGGUAAAGUGACUGAACUGUCAGAUCAACAAGAUCAAGAUAUUGAAACUUCUACUUUGAAUUCUAAAGACCAUUUACAAAUAGAAAAUGAUGCUUACCCUGGUACUGAUAAAACAGAAAAUGUUAAAUGUAGACAAGUGGACCAUUUUGCCUCAAAUUCACAGGAACCAGCAUCUGCUGCAUUAACAACAGAAGAUACAUCCUUAGAAGGUUCAUCAUUAGCUGAAAGUUUGAGAGCUGCAGCAGAAGCGGCUGUGUCACAGACUGGAUUUAGUUAUGAUGAAAAUACUGGACUGUAUUUUGACCACAGCACUGGUUUCUAUUAUGAUUCUGAAAAUCAACUGUAUUAUGAUCCUUCCACUGGAAUUUAUUACUAUUGUGAUGUGGAAAGUGGUCGUUACCAGUUUCAUUCUCGAGUAGAUUUGCAACCUUAUCAGACUUCGAGCACAAAACAAAGUAAAGAUAAAAAAUUGAAGAAGAAAAGAAAAGAUCCAGAUUCUUCUGCAACAAAUGAGGAAAAGGAUUUGAACUCAGAGGAUCAAAAAACCUUCAGUGUUGAACAUACAAGCUGCAAUGAGGAAGAAAAUAUCGCGAAUAUGAAAAAGAAGGCGAAAAUAGGCAUUCAUCACAAAAAUAGUCCCCCCAAAUUCACUGUUCCAGCUAGUGGAAAUACUGUAGAGUCUCUUCUUAAUGAAAACAUCUCUAAUUCAGCAUCAUUUAAAGAUGAGAAAAUCAUGGAGACUGAUAGUGAACCAGAGGAAGGUGAAAUUACAGACUCUCAGACCGAGGAUAAUUAUGAUGAAGACAUUACCAGUGAAGGCAAUGUAACUGCAGAAGAUAGUGAGGAUGAAGAUGAAGACAAAAUUUGGCCCCCAUGUAUUAGAGUAAUUGUCAUUAGAUCACCUGUGUUGCAGACAGGAUCACUCUUUAUCAUUACUGCUGUAAACCCUGCUACAAUUGGAAGAGAGAAGGAUAUGGAGCAUACUCUCCGAAUCCCUGAAGUUGGUGUCAGUAAGUUUCAUGCAGAAAUUUAUUUUGACCAUGACUUACAAAGUUAUGUCCUUGUGGAUCAAGGCAGUCAAAAUGGCACAGUUGUUAAUGGAAAACAGAUUCUUCAGCCGAAAACUAAAUGUGACCCUUAUAUACUUGAGCAUGGAGAUGAAGUGAAAAUUGGAGAAACUGUCUUAUCCUUUCACAUUCACCCUGGCAGUGAUACCUGUGAUGGCUGUGAACCAGGGCAGGUUAGAGCCCACCUUCGCCUUGAUAAGAAAGAUGAAUCUUUUGUUGGUCCAACACUAAGUAAGGAGGAAAAAGAGUUGGAAAGAAGAAAAGAAUUAAAGAAAAUACGAGUAAAAUAUGGUUUACAGAAUACUGAAUACGAAGAUGAAAAGACAUUGAAGAAUCCAAAAUAUAAAGAUAGAGCUGGAAAACGUAGGGAGCAGAUUGGAAGUGAAGGAACUUUCCAAAGAGAUGAUGCUCCUGCAUCUGUUCAUUCUGAAAUUACUGAUAGCAACAAAGGUCGGAAGAUGUUGGAGAAGAUGGGCUGGAAGAAAGGAGAGGGCUUGGGGAAGGAUGGUGGAGGAAUGAAAACUCCGAUCCAGCUUCAGCUUCGGCGAACACAUGCAGGCUUGGGGACAGGCAAACCAUCCUCAAUUGAAGAUGUUCACCUUCUCCAAAACAAGAACAAAAAAAACUGGGACAAAGCACGAGAGCGGUUUACUGAAAACUUCCCAGAAACUAAGCCUCAAAAAGAUGACCCAGGGACCAUGCCUUGGGUAAAAGGGACUUUAGAGUGAAGGUUAAUCAUAGAAGAAAACUCUAGCUUUUUUAAAAAUAGAAUUUGGAAACUCUUAUUUUUUUCUCCCCAAAAGAAUCAGCAGCACGGGGGAACUGUGUCACAGUUUACCUCUUCCUGAUUCAGAAAUGUGUAUGGUUUGCAGCUUUUAAAAACCAUUUUUUAAAAACUAAUAGUGACUGAACCAGUUUAUGCAGUAAAUAGACUAAAGUUCACAGGGCACGGAUGAGUUUAUCCAACUUCGUUAUUUUAUCUUGUCAUUUACAACAUCCAUAUAAACAACUAGCCAUAUACGCAAAAUUCAUGUAACUACUGACUUAAAUGUACAUCUACCUGUUCUUUUUUUUUUUUUUUUUUUAAGAUAAUAUCAGUAAGCAAUUUAUUAAAGAACCUGCCAUCCAUCACAGGAAUCUGCAACAGUAAUGAUGCACUGAAAACAAGUAUUCACCCCAGGUUUUCUUUUUCCUCCUCCCAAAUUCCUUCAAUAUCAAUACCUCAUUGGUAAACUGUUAAUAGUCUUUUGUUCUUUGUCCUUUUGGAAACAAGCCCAGGAAUGAGAAGGCACCAACAGCAGCUGUCACAACGGUACUGAUCGCUCGGUCAGCCUGCUGUGAAACUCCUUCUCCAUAGCGAAGCAGUGUCACAAAAUGUUCACAGUUGUUAACAAGUAAGUUAAUAGGCCACGUCCUGUCCACUUACACACUCUGACCACUUUAUAAUUUCUUCCACGGGGAGAGGGGGGUACCUUUCAUCGUAUUUAUUGUUUAUCCUAUAUAUGUCAUUUCUCACAACAUCCUUCAAGAGCUGCAUUUUACCAGGGCCUUACUGCUGAAUACAGACUUGGCGCUUAUUGUAAAGGACACAGGAAUGUCAUCUACAGGCGCUAAGUUGAUAACAUAACCGUCACCCAAGUACAGGGCCCAGUGCUGAUAGCCAGGACGGAACACUUCGAUCAAGUCCCCUGGGCAGGGUUUGCCAGGGUAGUUCAAACUGAAGCAAUCAUUAAACGCCAUAGAUACACGGAGAUGUUCCAUUUCCCAGGGACGGGCAGGAGACAGAUGUUUUUCUUUUACUCACAUCUACCUGUUCUUGUCUCCAGAUGUUCAUGUAAGAUGCACAACAAAAGAAACAUCAAAAGUUUAUAAAAAUAAAUCUGACUAUAUGCAUCCUCAUUUAUGCCCUUUAGAACCUAGAUUAAAAAUGUUGAGAAGACAUGGGUAGUGACGCAUACAUUUUGUUAUCCUUGAAAUAAAUAGCCUAAGUAAUAUUAUUGAAGAACUAAUGAACAGGUAACAUGUUGUAGAAAAUUAGUCUUUCAUUGUUUUCUUCUGUGAAGAAUCUGUUGCUAUGUACUAUAUAUUCAGCAUUUAUAUUUGGUUUGUUUCAUAGCUAAUGAGGUAUUUAGAUAUGAACAACUGAAUACAUAUUGAAAUAGUGUGCUGGCAUUUGUAGUUUUGAUAAAGACCAUUGCAGGCAAUGGAAUUGUGCCAGAGAAAUCUGAUUUCUAGUACAAAAGGAAUACUUAGCCAGGGCUUCAAGCUCAAAAUACUUAUUGAAAACGUCCUCAAUUGCAAUAAAAACAUUACAACAUGAAAAAGAGUGGUUUGUUGAACCAGUGAUUUAAAUGUAUUGAUCUGCUUUGCCAGAAUUUUCCAGUUUAAAUUGGCAGAAUUAUAACAAAGGGGAGCCUCAAAUAUUAGACAAUUGCAGUGUGGCUUUCUGGGUGCAGGUGUCACUGCUCUGCCACCUAUCACUGUUCUGUUCAGUUUUUCUCUCGGGUGUUUGCUGGGAAGUUAACACUGGAACUGACCCUUUUCUGGCAGUGAAUGUAAGCUCUAGCUCCCCCAUCUACUAUAAAGAAAUGUCUUCAAGAUGUAGAAAUAAGGAAUAUUCUGAAAAUAAAAAUUAUACAGUAGUAAAGAUAAUUCAGAAAGAAAAAGCUACCUGUUAGAAUUUCCAGUCUAAAUGGCACAGGGUAGUUAGAAAGGGGGUUGGAGAAAAAAAAACUAUGACUAAGGAUGAGAGAUAUGAACGAGUUGUCAAGUUCCUAUGGGCUUAAGCUAGGACAAUCAGGCCCUAAACUCCAAAUUUGGAUAAAACAUCUCUGCAUUCCUCUUGGCCACGUGCAUAGUCUGACACAUACGUAUGUACAAUUAGACUUGCAGGCCGCAGGAGUGCCCUGCAUUGUUUUCUUUUAAUUAGAAAUAAAAAGUAUUAGUCUAAAUGUGGUUCUGGUGCUGGUGCCCUGUUUAUAUGUAACAAUACAAGACACCCCCAAAUAGGUUUUGCUUCUGGUGAAUCUUGGUCAUUGGGUUAGUAUAUGACUGUCUGUAAUGUUUUCCAUUUGUAUUAUUAUAUUGGGGAAAACAUUUUUUAUCAUUUUCUAUUAAGAAAAUGGAAAACUUAAAUAUGGUGUAGAAAAUGGAAAUAUAUGUGAUAUUUGUAUUAUUAAACCCCUUUGCAGAUCUAAAGUCUCAGGGUUCCACUCUUAGUGGUUAAAGUAUUGAAUAAUGUCUGGAUCUAUUUCCAUCUGUAAAAUAAGAAUAUUUGUCUCACGUGUCUGUCGUGAAUAGCAAAUGAGAAAAUGUAUAUAAAAGCACUGUGUAAAUUGUAAAAGUAGUACAGAUGUUAGCUUCUAUUUGUUUAGAAGCAUAAAUGUGAAUUAUGUACAGUUUGAAUUAUGCAUAAA